CGUGCAUUGAGUGCAUUAUUGACGUGUCUUAUGAAGUGAUAAACCAAUGAUUGAAUGGUUUGUCAGUAAUUUGUUUACAACUCUUGUGUUGAUUACAACCGAAGACAUCACCACUCGAUUGGCACCCGAUUUGACCACCGAUUGAGUGCCGGCUUAUGAUGGGAACGGAGAUGAGGGCAGCGCUCAUCACUUUGGGAAGUGUUUUGUUGACCUCAACGGUCAUCGGAAACGCUUACUUCCAGAAGAAGCAGUUUUAUCCGUCAGUCGUUUACAUCACUAAAUCUAAUCCAUCGAUGGCUAUUAUAUACAUUCAGGCGUUUGUUUUCGUGUUAUUAAUGGGAAAAUUGAUGCGAAAGAUAUUCUUCGGGCAAUUGAGGACCGCAGAGAUGGAGCAUUUGAUUGAGAAGUCGUGGUAUGCGGUGACCGAGACGUGUCUGGCGUUCACUGUCUUCAGGGAUGACUUGUCGCCCAAAUUUGUGGCACUUUUUACGCUUCUGUUAUUCUUGAAGUGUUUCCAUUGGUUGGCCGAAGACAGAGUCGAUUACAUGGAAAGGAGUCCUAAUAUAUCCCUAUUGUUUCACAUUCGAGUCAUUUCGCUUCUGUUCCUAUUGGGAAGUCUCGACUUCUGGUUCAUUCAUAUGGCAUACUAUAGCACUUUGACUAAAGGGGCGUCCGUUCAGUUGGUCUUUGGUUUUGAGUACGCUAUUCUGUUGGCCGUUGUGUUUAAUAUUUUGAUGAAAUAUGUCCUUCACUUCGUUGACCUCCAGAACGAGAAUCCAUGGGAAGACAAAGCCGUCUAUUUGUUAUACACCGAACUAUUGAUGGGUUUUCUAAAAGUUAUUUUGUAUCUAACAUUCAUUACAAUUAUGAUGAAAAUCCAUACAUUCCCUCUGUUCGCUAUCCGUCCCAUGUAUUUAAGUAUGAGAGCCUUUAAGAAAGCGUUGAAUGAUGUGAUUAUGUCUCGAAGAGCCAUAAGAAAUAUGAACACAUUAUAUCCAGACGCGACACCAGAAGAGCUCCAGACUGUAGACAAUGUUUGCAUUAUAUGCAGAGAAGAGAUGACAGGCAAUGGAAGCGCCAAAAGACUUCCGUGUAAUCAUAUAUUCCACGUCUCGUGUCUGCGCUCUUGGUUUCAAAGACAACAGACGUGUCCGACCUGUCGGAUGGAUGUGCUUAGAGUGGCCCCCAAUGCCGGCGCUGAUAAUGCCAGAGCUCAACAACAGCCACAACAGGCCAGAGCUCAACAGGCGAUGCCACAAAUUCCGCCUCAGUUUUUCAUACCCGCCAAUUGGCAACCCUUUGGUGCCGUUCCUCCGCAACCACUCAAUCAAGUCAAUCAAAAUAUUAAUAACAAUAAUAACAACAUUAAUAACAAUAACUUAAACAAUAAUAACAUUAACACCAAUAACAACAUUAAUGCCAACAUUGGGGCCGCGAAUGCUGGCCCGCAGGCAAACAGAGCUCCAACGGCUCCGAUCCCACCGUUUAUACCUUUUCCAUCGUUUAUGCCAUUCAUGAGCGCACCUCCGAUGCCGACCCCUCCGCCAGAUUUAAGCCGAUUAUCUCUGGAAGAGUUGCGAGCGCUCGAAGGGAACGAACGGCAGAACAUUGAGGCGCGGAUCAGAUGUUUAAGGAAUGUGCAGACAUUAGUGGAAGCGGCUCUCCUUCAACUGCAACAGUACAACACUGUCGCCAACCGAAUGACUGCUUCGCAAUCGGCUGCGUCCGACACGCCGUCCACUUCGGGUGCGGGCGCUGGGAGUGCAUCGACGUCCACAACGAGUCCCAGUUUUGGUGAUACUCUUAGAGUUUCUAACGAUCCUCAAGAAAUGUUAAGACAGAGACGAUUACAGCGCUUCUCACAGACGCAGCCGCCGGUCAUUGACACGAACACCGGUUCCGUCACUGAACAGACGCCUCAGCCCUCAAACUCAUCCAACACUUCAAACCAAUCGCCGGAUAAUAAUGAGUCAAAUAACACGACAAGAACUUGAGAUGAAUGUGAAAUGGAUUUAGAAACUAAUAUUUUUUAAUGUUAUCACUAAAUGAAUUCUAUUUGAAUUAAAACCUAUUUAAAUAAAUCUUCUGUAAAAAUAAUUAUUAAAAUUAAAUUAUUAUUAAAAUAAUGACAAUUAAAA